UUCCCCUUUCAACAAAUUUCAAUUCUAAAUCCUUCACAGCAAGCAAGAAACCAAAACACACAAUUUCAAAAUGAGCUCUGGAAUUAUCUCCAAUGGAAUCCACGCCAGCUUCCCCACCAUCUCCAAUCCCAAACUCUCAACGCAUAAAUCCUUUCUUCAGCCUUCUUCUCAUCUUAGCUUCAAUACCCAUUUCCAAAAAUCAAGCUUUACGAUCAAAACCAAGCCGAUUAAGGUCUCCGCCGCCGCUGUUGAUAGCUCGUUCUAUGUUAACUCUGGGAGUUUCUACGAUUUGUUGGGCAUCCCCAAGAGUGGAACGCUGUCGGAGAUUAAGAAAGCUUAUAAACAACUUGCCAGAAAGUACCAUCCCGACGUUUCGCCGCCGGAAUGUAAAGAGGAGUACACGAAGAGGUUUCUUCAGGUUCAGGAGGCUUAUGAGACAUUGUCGGAUCCCAAAAGCAGAGCUUUAUAUGACAGAGAUAUGGACAGAGGCUUAGAUUUGCAUACCAUUUUCUCUACUACAAAACGAUCCCGCUACAGUGAGGGCUUGGAUGCAGUAGAUGAUUGGAAACAGAGAUGGCAAUCUCAGCUUACAGAGUUAAUAAGGAUGAGUAAUGUUAAAGAUUUAGAGAACCUAUCAUGGGGAGCUAGAAUGAGGAGACAAGCAAGUUAUUGCCAUUAACAAUUAGUGAUAAAUGAAAGCAGAGUUAGAUUUGUUAAUAUUAACGCCAUCUGAAGGAGAAUCCUUUUUUCCCUGAUUUAAGUGGCAUUGGAUAUGAGAUUCGGUUUGCAUGUGUAUACAACACACGAAUGUAGGUUCCAUGAAAAAUCAUAUGCAAUCCACGUUAACUUUUCAAUUAUGUAUAUACCAACUUUUCUAUUUA